AGGUAAGCAUGGCAUGUUAGGCAUGGUGGAGCGGGGGGCAGUGGAGGAGGCACCUCCAGCAGUGGGGGCAGUGCCUCCAGCAGUACCCGGGCCUCGCCAGCCUCCACGGUGGCAGCUCGCCGUCCCUUGGCCUCCAACCUGUCCCUGGAUGAUAUCACGUCCCAGCUGGAGCAGGCGUCUCUCAGUAUGGACGAGGCUGGCAGACAGAGCUCCCACUCCUUGGCUAGUGGCUCCACCUCUUCCUCCUCCUCCUCCACCAUGCGGAGGCCCGCCUCCCAUCACCACACCCACCGCAGGACAGGCUCCGUGGGGACGGUCAGCGAACACGCGGUCCGCUCCAUCUCCCAGUCCUCCUGGUCGUCGGUGACCUCAGCGUCGGCCAGCAGCGUGGAUUCUCUGGAUAGUUACCUCCGGCCCUCGGAGCAGGACGGGGCAACACCCACACCACAGGGGUCCAAUCAGGGCCCCCCGGGCAGUACAGAGGAGACCAUGAGCUGA